UUCGGAUUCGAUAAUUCCGAUUGGGAUAUCAAAGUACCGAUUGGGAUACCGAAAUAUUUAGGGAUUGGGAUUGGGAUACCGAAAUUAUUUAAGGAUUGGGAUUGAGAUUGACUUUAGGGUGUAAUUCGGUAUUCGGAAUUUCGUUAUUUGCUAUUGGGAUACCGAUACCGUACUGAUUUCCACCCCUGGCUGUCCAUCACAUUUUUUGGUCGAUGUUUGGGAAUGCUAUCUUCACCAGUUUCGAAUGUUAUCUAUUACAUAUUUUUGCUCAUUUCUGGGAAUGCUAUUUUCACUUGUUUUGAAGUCUAUCCGUCACAGAAUUUGGACAAUUUUGGGGAAUGCUAUUUUUCACAGGUUUUGAAGGCUAUCUAUCACAUUUUUUGACCAAUUUAUUUGUAUUCUAUUUUUCAACGGUUUUGAAAGCUAUCCAUCACGUAUUUUGAUCGAUUUUUUGUAAUGCUAUUUUCACUGGUUUUAUAGGCUAUCCAUCACAGAUUUUGGCUAAUUCUUUCGAAUGCUAUUAUCUACCAUUUUUUUAAGGAUGCCCAUCAAAAAAUUUGGCUGAUUUUUUUAGAAUGCUAUUUUCACUAGUUUUGAAACCUAUCCAUCACAAAUUAUGUCCUAUUUUUGGGAAUGCUAUUUUCAUCAGUUUUGAAGGCUAUCCAUCCCAGAUUUUGGCACAUUGUUAGGAAUUCUAUUUUUCACUAAUUUUGAGGGCUAUCUAUCACCAAUUUUGGGGAAUGCAGUUUUUCAACGAUUUUGAAGGAUGUCGAACAUCUUUUUUGGCCUAUUUUUGGGAAUGCUAUUUUCGCUGUUUUUGAAGGUUAUCCAUCAAAGAUUUAUGCUGGUUUUUUGGGAAUGCUAUUUCAACCAGUUUUGAAAACAAUCCAUCACAGAUUUUGUCAUAUUUUUGGGAAUACUAUUUUCACAGGUUUUGAAGGCUAUCCAUCACAGAUUUUUGCUGAUUUUUGGGAAUUCUAUUUUCACCAAUUUUGAAGGUUAUCCAUCACAGAUUUUGGACAACUCUUUUCAAUGCUAUUAAACACCAUUUUUUAAGGUUAUCCAUUAUAGAUUUUGGCCGAUUGAUUGGAAUGCUAUUUCACUCGUUUUGAAGGCCAUCCAUCUCAUAUUUUGGCGGUUUUUCGGAAUUCUAUUUUCACCGGUUUGAAACCUAUGCAUAUUUUGGCCUAUUUUUUGGAAUGCUAUUUUCACUAGUUUUGAGGGCUAUCCAUCACAGAUUUUGGUCAAUUCUUAAGAAUUCUAUUUUCACGAGUUUUGAAGACUAUCUAUCACUGGCCAAUUUUGGAGAAUGCCAUUUUCACUGGUUUUGAAGGCUUUCCAUCACUUUUUUUGGCCGAUUUUUGAGAAUGCUAUCUGUAACAUCCUGAACCUUUUCCCGACAAUAUACUGUCCGCUUUAGGCCUCUACACGCGCACGGUUUUCGACUUGGGGUGCAAUUCAAGGUGACUUCCCAUAAGGUCACCCAUCCUUGUUGUACUCCACACUGAGCAUGUUUAACUUCGGAGUUCUCACAAGAACUCCUCCAUUACAUCCCAAAACGCGUCUUAUCAGUUAAGGUCGGUUUCCUACUUAUGAACCAUGGGUCUCUCCCGUGCUUUGUCGAUGUGGGAUUUGCCUAAGGUGUUACAUACACCCCCCCCCCCCCCCUUGGGACUCAACGUCCUCGUUGAGGUUUGCCCCAUCAUCGUUCAAGAGGGACGCGGAGAGGCUCUGAUACCACUUGUAACAUUCCGAACCUUUUCCCGACAAGAUACUGUCCGCUUUGGGCUUCUACACCCGCACGGUUUUCGACUUGGGGUGCAAUUCAAGGUGACUUCCCAUAAGGUCACCCAUCCUUGUUGUACUCCACACUGAGCACGUUUAACUUCGGAGUUCUCACAAGAACUCCUCCAUUACACCCCAAAACGCGUCUUAUCAGUUAAGGUCGGUUUACUACUUAUGAACCAUGGGUCUCUCCCGUGCUUUGUCGAUGUUGGAUUUGCCUAAGGUGUUACACUAUCUUCACCGGUUUUGAAGGCUAUCGAUCACAGAUUUUCCCCAAUUUUUGGGAAUGCAAUUUUCACCUAUUUUGUUGGGAGGGCCCGGAGACGAUGGAGCACCUAUUCCUUUACUGUCCGGUGGCGCGGGCCCUCUGGGACUAUUCAGGGUUGGAAUAUUUGGGGGAGGGGUUGCCUCGACACACUUUUCCUUUGUUUCUAAAUCGUUUGUUGGCGCUAAUUCAUCAACCGUCGUUGGUUAUGGCUGUUGUUCCAGUCCUUUGGAGGAUCUGGCGAUCUCGGAAUUGGGUUGUCUUUGAGGACAAGCAAUUUGGGUUCCCGACUCUCAUGCGCCAGUUUCAACAACAGUAUGAGGAAUGGGUGGGCCUCCCUGUGGAUCGGACUCCGAUGAUAAUUACCCCGGUGAUGCAACCAACAAUGCAGGUGGGUGGUUCGCAUUUGGUAUGCAUGUGGGGCGGGGCUACUAAGUGUGGAUCGCAUUCGGCUGGUGGGAUGGUUCUCCUUGACCCUGAAAGGAGGAUUCUGCUGGCUAAAGGGGUUCAGUUUUCUCAAUUGGAUGACCCACGGAUGGUGGAAUUGCUUGUGCUUAGGGACGCUAUUAUUUGGUGUAUGGAGCAAGGCUUAUCGGAGGUCCGCUUUGAGGGCGAUGCGAAGGUGGUUAUUGACAAAAUUAAUCAAGCCAAUACGAGGGAUAGCAGGUUGGGUGUUGUUUUGGAAGAGAUUGGUCAUUAUUUUCGUAUUCAAUCUGGUUUUAGUGUGCGCUUUGUGGGUCGGGAGAACAAUAGGGUAGCUCAUUUGGUAGCUAGGAAAGCCCUUUCUUUGUUUCCGACUAUGAGUCGCUUUUUCGAUUUCCAGUCCUGGCUGAUUUCCAGGGUGUAACUAUCUUUUUUAUGAUCAAUACAUGAUAUCUUUUGACAAAAAAAAAAUAUUUUCACCUAUUUUGAAGGCUAUCCAUCACAGAUUUUGGCCAAGUUUUGGGGACGCUGUUUUUUAUUGGUUUUGAAGGCUAUCCAACACAUUUUUUACCGGUUUUGGGAAUGCUAUUUUCACCGAUUUUUAAGGCUAUUCAUCACAGAUUUUUGCCGAUUUUUGUGAAUGCUAUUUUCAUCGGUUUUGAAUGAUAUCCAUCACAUAUUUUGGCUGAUUCAUUUGGAAGCUAUUAUACACCAUUUUUGAAGGCCAUUCAUCACAUAUUUUGGCCGGUUUUUUGAAAUGCUAUUUUCACCGGUUUGAAAUCAAUCCAUCACAUAUUUUGGCCGAUUUUUUGGAAUGCUAUUUUCACGGAUUUUGAAGGUUAUCCAUCACAUUUUUUGCCAAUUUUGGGGAAUGCCAUUUUACACUGGAUUUGAAGGCUAUCCAUCACAUAUUUUGACCGAUUUUUAGGAAUGCUAUCUUCAGCAGAUUUGAAGGCUAUCCAUUACAGAUUUUUGCCAAUUUUUGGGAAUGCUAUUUUCACCGACUUUGAAGGCUAUUCAACACAGAUUUUGGCCUAUUUUGGUGAAUGCUAUUUUUCACCAUUUUGACUUUUGAAGACUAUCCAUCACAUUUUUUACCGAUUUUUUGGAAUGCUAUAUUUCACCGAUUUUGAAGGUUAUUUGUUUCAGAUUUUUGCCAAUUUUUGGGAAUGUUAUUUUCACUUGUUUUGAAGGCUAUCCAUCACAAACUUUGGCCUAUUUUGGGGAAUGCUAUUUUUCACCGGUUUCGAAGACUAUCCAUCACAUUUUUUACCAUUUUUUGGAAUUCUAUUUUUCACUGGUUUUGAAGGCUAUCUAUCACAGAUUUUGACCAAUUUUUUAGAAUGCUAUUUUCACCGGUUUUGAAGGCUAUCAAUCACAGAUUUUGUCCGAUUCUUUUGAAUGCUAUUAUACACCAUUUUUUAAGGCUAACCAUCAAAGAUUUUGGCCGGUUUUUUGGAAUGCUAUUUUCACCAGUUUUGAAACCUAUCUAUCACAUAUUUUGUGCUUUUUAUCGUAUUUUGGGAAUGCUAAUUUCACUGGUUUUUAAGGCUAUCCAUCACAGAUUUUGGCCGAUUUUUUAGAACGCUAAUUUCACUGGUUUUGAAGGCUAUUCAUCACAUAUUUUGGCCGAUUCUUUUGAAUGCUCUUAUACGCCAUUUUUGAAGGCUAUCCAUCAAAGAUUUUGGUUGGUUUUUUGGAAUGCUAUUUUCACCUGUUUUGAAACCAAUCCAUCAUUUAUAUUGUCCAAUUUUAUCCUAUUUUGGUGAAUGCUAUUUUCACCGGUUUUGAGGCUAUCCAUAACAGAUUUUGGCCGAUUUUUGGGAAUGCUAUUUUCCCCAAUUUUGAAGGUUAUCCAUCACAUAUAGGGAUGGCAAUAAAACCCAUGACCGCGGGUAUCCGACCGCCCCCGACCCAGUCAACGCGGGGAAUCCCCGCUUUGACCGGGUAUGGGGCGGGUAUGGGUAAAACUCGCAAAAAGUUUGAUGGGUAUGGGGCGGGUAUGGUUUUGACCUCCCCCGCCCCACCAAGAGAAUUUCUUCACAUAUAAAAAAAAAUAUGUGGAUUAAAUUGUAAUCUAUCAAUGGUGAUGAGGAUAACUCAAGGAAAUAAAUAGUAAAAAUGCAA